GAUUUCAUGUUCAUUGCUCCUGCUACAUAUAGUAUACUACAAAAUAACUAUUUACUAGAUAAUCUAUUUAAGAUAUAACUUUUGAGAACCCCUUAAAAACGUCUGAUCAGCUAGAUAUAUAAAACACGGGCUUGAUAAAUAUAUCAGUAAUUCAUAUCGAAUCUUUGUAUUGUUAAAUCAAUUGCCUAAAGUUAAAAUGCUGCUGUUGUCAUUAGUUCUAUCAUUUUUAUUGAUGUACCAGGGCAAUUGUAUUUUUUUAGAAAAGUAUACCUCAGAUCCCGCGAAUUUUGUCAAAAGUGUAUUAAAUAAAGUUAAUAGAAGUGAAAUAAGUUUAGAAUCCGAAUGUCUUUCACAGCUCGGCCAAUUCGUGGAUAACUUACAAAAAUUCGAUGAUGGACUUUGGGCGUUACGAAUGAUUGACGCCACCGCAAAAUGGCCAGCUGGGAUAGCUAAAAUAAAUUGGGCAUGGCUUGGAAGCUUUGACGAAUGUUUGGAAAUCGAAAGUAAAGCAAAAGAUGUUCGAGGAAGCUACUGCCUUAUAUCAAUCAGUCUGGAAAAAUUAACCACGAUGACAUUAAGGGGUGUCGAACGACAACGACUGAUCGCUGAUCACAAGAGAAAAGGUCGCGAAUUUUCCAAUACAUCAGUAGUUUCCUUUUUGCCUUCCUUUGGUAUUUGUGUUCCAAAUAAAUGUACUAGUGACAUAGAGUCAAUUAUUGAUGCGUUUGAUGAUUUCACUUCCAUGCCAUUUGAUGUGAUGUGUCAAACAAAAGAUGACAAUGUAGAAAUAGAUAUAGGAGCCAUAAUUACAAUAGGAUUCUUUGGAGCAUUUAUCGCUCUAAUGUUAUUAUCUACAGCAUAUGACACAUAUUACCAAUUUCAAAAACAAGUUAAACCACAUCCAAUUCUGGCCUCAUUUUCUGUAUAUAGUAACGGAAAAAGCCUUUUCCACAUAGCAAAGAAAACAGAAUUAUCUUGUUUAAACGGAAUCAGAUUUCUCAGCAUGAUGUGGGUUGUACAAGGACAUGUAGCAUCCAUGGCGAUAGUUAGUCCCUUAGAUAAUCUGUAUGACAUUUUUGAGUAUCUGCAACAAACCAGAAGUUUAUUUUACGUAAGUGGGACCUUGUCGGUUGAUUCCUUUUUCUUUUUAUCAGGAUUUCUUCUAGUGUAUGUUUUCAUGAAAUCGAUGAAAGCUGGUACUAAAUUCAAUAUAAUAUAUUUUUAUGUUCACCGUUACCUUAGACUGACGAUACCUUUUAUACCAGUAAUACUAGUGUUUACUUUUCUUGCCAAAUACUUUGGUUCUGGACCUCUAUAUCCACAAAUAGAUGCAUCUUUAGGGAACGUUUGCAGGAAAAACUGGUGGAAAAGUAUAUUGUAUAUACAAAACUUCUUCGGAGAGUACGUUGCGUGUAACGAACAAACCUGGUAUUUAAAUGUCGACUGGCAACUCUACCUUGUCUCUCCUAUAAUAUUGCUCCUUCUAUACAAAAUACCAUUAAUUGGAGUACCUCUCAUAGGCAUAAUUUCGCUGGCUUCGAUGAUCGGAAAUUAUAUCAUAACGACACAUUAUCAGUUGCCUGCCUUAUUAAGCAAUUUUAGAAACUUCGAGGACUACUUUUUGAAAUUCUACGUGCAACCCUAUACGAGAGCACCUCCAUAUUUGAUUGGAACACUAGUAGGAUAUUAUGUAGCACAAAUCAAGAUUUAUAAAACGGUUGAUUUCAGAAAAACACCUAGAAUCGUCAUAUAUGGCCUUUGGGUUACAAUUUUGGCAGUCAUGCCCAUUUGUGUAUUUGCUGGGAUGGAACAAUUAAAUAAUGCUGAUUACAAUGCCGUUGCCAAUUCACUACACAAUGCCUUGGUAAAACCAACCUGGGCUCUCUGUUUAGGAUGGAUAGUUAUAGCUUGCGCCAACGGAUAUGGAGGUAUAAUUGAUGGUUUCUUAUCACUACCAAUUUUCCAAGUUCUUAGUAAAUUCACAUAUGCUAUAUAUCUGCUGCAUUACGGAUUGGCGAAUAUUAUUAUGGCAAAUGCAAAAGGUCCAAUACAUUUUUCGGAGUUCAAUUUACUAUAUUCCUUUUGGUCUCUGUUUAUGCUGUCAUUUGGUUUGUCCGUUUUUUGGGUCCUUGCAUUUGAAUCUCCAAUAGUUAUAUUAGAUAAAUAUUUAUCAGGACGUGGUAGAUCGAAAUCUCAUGUAAAAUACCAAUAAGGUCGGAGAAGGAAACUUAGGAGAAGUUGAAGUUGGAAAGAAUUAAAAAUAGGCAUAGUUUUUUUUUAUUUCCACGUUUCAAACAUUUAUUAGAUCUACUUAUUUCAUAUUUAUUUUUAUGCAAUAAAAAAUACACUUUUGUAUAUUAUGUGAUAA